AUGGCGAAAAUGGCCAAGACUGGCGACGGAUACGACAGAGAAAAAGAGAAGGGUGACUUCGAAGAAGAGGCCGAGCUGUUUCGCAAUGUUAUUGGCCGACAACUUUGCGCAGGACCGGCUCCGCGGAAGCAGCUUCAGUCCUGGGAUGCAAUGGGGGAUUUAUUCACAGAGGAUUUAGGAGCGGAACCCGAGGACGACGAAGACGACGACGAGGGGUCACCUGAAGACGCGUCGCCUCGCGCAGACGCGGAGGAAGGCGCUGAGAGUCCUGCAGAAGAGUCACCUCGGGAGGAGACGCCAGCGGAAGCGGAAGCUCCAGCGGAGCCAGCUUCGGAAAGCACCGGGUUCUCAGGUUUGUUUGACUUGACCAAGCAUUUGAUCAACGAAAAGCCAGACUUGGAAGCAGGCGAGAGGAAAUGGGAUUUAGCGCAGCUGAUGCUGGUGAAACCGCCUCCGGAGGUUGAGGGGAUGGACCGCUCCGAAAUCGAGGAGCUGGCAGAGCUCUACGCCAUGCGCGCACAGGGCAAGGUGGCCUUGGGUGACUUGGAGGGCACCAUCGCCGAUUGCUCCUCAGCUUUGUGCCUGAAUGCUAGAGUUCCCUUUUGCUGGGCCGCCCGCGCUGAAGCCAAGCGCUUGCAGGAUAAGCUGGAGGAGGCAGUGAAGGAUGCCAGUGAGGCACUACGUCUUGAUCCACUGAAUGUGUCCGCUUACCUCACUCGGGCAAGGGCAAAGUUGAGGGUGGGCGAAGCGCAGUUUGUGGUGACGGACUGUUCCGAAGCCUUGGCAUUGGAUUUGCAUCAGCCCACUGCAUGGUCCACACGCGCAGCUGCCAGGCUGGAUCUCAAAGAUGUCCCGGGCGCUUUGAGCGAUGCCAAGAGCGCCAUCGCCUUGGACCCAGCAGAUGUUGACGGAUGGUGCUCCCUCAGUGGAGCCUUGCUAGAUAGCUCCGAUGUGGUGGGAGCAGCGGAGGCGGCCAGUAAGGCUCUCUCCUUAGACGGCGACUGCGCGCGAGCCUGGUUCAACCGCGGCUGUGCGCGCGUCGAUUUGAAAGACAUCACCGGAGCGGAAGGCGACUUCAACGAGUGCAUCAACUUGAGGCGCCCACGUUCGCCUGAAGCAAGGAAAUCUGGAAGGUGCCCUUGCUGA